CAGGCACGGACAUGGCUGUUUUCUGUCUGCUGUGUGGAAAGCGCUUCCAGGCCCAGAGUGCGCUCCAGCAGCACAUGGAGGUCCAUGCAGGCGUGCGCAGCUACAUCUGCAGCGAGUGCAACCGGACCUUUCCCAGCCACACAGCUCUCAAACGCCACCUUCGCUCACACACAGGUGAUCACCCCUAUGAGUGUGAGUUCUGUGGCAGCUGCUUCCGAGAUGAGAGCACACUCAAGAGCCACAAGCGCAUCCACACCGGUGAGAAACCCUAUGAGUGCAAUGGCUGUGGCAAGAAGUUCAGCCUCAAGCACCAGCUGGAAACGCACUACAGGGUUCACACAGGUGAGAAGCCCUUUGAGUGCAAGCUCUGCCACCAGCGUUCGAGAGACUACUCGGCCAUGAUCAAGCACCUGAGGACGCACAACGGCGCCUCUCCCUACCAGUGCACCAUCUGCACGGAGUACUGCCCCAGCCUCUCCUCCAUGCAGAAGCACAUGAAGGGCCACAAGCCGGAGGAGAUCCCACCCGACUGGAGGAUAGAGAAGACGUACCUCUACCUGUGUUAUGUUUGAAGGGGGGACCCCCCCCCACACACACACACGGUAGAAUAGCGGUGGGAGCCCGCAAAGAUGAGCUAGAGCGAGAUAAAGUGGAAAGACUGCAGAGAAAAGAAAAGGGAAAUAGAAAAGAAAGAGAGAGAGAAGAAAACUUGGUAGUUACUUGGCAUUGGAUUCCUUCUGGGGUUCCGGGUGAUGGGUUGUCAUACCGAUGCCCUUUCCCUCGGGUCUCUGCCCUCCUUGGUUCUCUUGGGUGGGUGGGGUGGUUUUGCUCAUCCACACAGUGGCAUAUUUGUCUCCUCCUCACAACUUAGACCUUCCUCUUGUGUCCAGAAAUGGAAACCAGGAAGCAAGUGUGAGGUCCUCUGGUCACAGCCACUGCCUCUGCCCUCUCUCCUCCCUUCUCCUCUCCUGAAGAGAGUGGGAGGGGAGCAGAGAGGGCAGCUGGAGGCAGGGAGGGGUGGUGUCUCUGGCUGAUGCUCAGAAUGGCAGUUCUGGCAUACCUGGGGGCAGACUGGGAAGGGAAAGGCUCUCUGCUCUGCCCAGCCAUACCUGGUGCCCUCAUGGUCUCCAAGAGCAGCUCCUGGAACCUGCUUGAUGGCUGUCCUCUGGUCACAAGGGGCUCACACCCUGUGUGGAUCUGGACUCUGUCUUCCUUAGGUCCCUGCUGGGGAGACUGUGUCAGAUUCUAAAGCCCCUUCCUUCCCUCCCUCGGCUUUCAGACAACACGGAACAAAAUAAAUCCACACUGUACCCUAGCCAAACCCCCUCAUGAGCAAGAUUCCCGCUGGUCUGCUUUCUGCUUGCAAAAAGGAAACAAAACAAAACAAAACCCGACUAAAUAUAUUCCAUCCCGCCAUCCAGACAAGCACACAUCGCUGCAACCCCACUUCAGCCCCUUGCGGGCAGGAAUGCCAUCUUCCUAUUGAAAGGUCCUGUUGUCCAAAAGAAGAAGUGGAUGCCCUCCUGCAGGUGAACUUGACCCGCAGGUGGGAAUGGAUGUCCUGCCUGAGCACGGUGGGAGGACUAGCCAUGGAGGAAGUUGCUAUCACACUGAGGAUCCUUUACCCCACAUCCGGAGAUCAGCACAAUUCUGGCUCAGGUCCCCUCAGCCCCCAGGGAUCAGGGAGAAGGAGCUGAUGGCCUCUUGUUACUUUUGCUUUUAGCACAUUGUACUUGAAUUACCUCAGUUUUCAUUUUUUGUGACCUCAUGAGCUUUUCAAACCCCUCUUUUUUUUUUAUCCCUUUGGUUAGGGGGGUUAUUGGAGGAACGGGGAGGGUGUACUUUUCUGUUGUAGCAUAAGUUAAUAGUUGGCUUUGAAUCUGACUUGGUAGGGGCCCUCCCCUUCUCUGGCUGGAAGCUGUCAGAAAAAGUGGACCACUCAGACUCUGAAUAGAAGGCCAGGAGGGCUGAGAAGGUGGUGGGAAUGGAGAGAAUGACAGUUGGGUGUGUUCUUCUCACUGCUCCAAUAGAGUCACAGGCACAGCACCAUCCAGGGCUCAGACCAGCAGUGCCCAGCUUUAGCUGAGCCUGAAACACUUUAGAGAAAAGUCCAACUGCUCCUAGAAUUAUCUGGGCUGUUGAGACUUGAGGAGGGAGGGCUGUUAUUAAGAUCUAUACAACCACAUGGCCCUCUCCUGUGCUGUUAUCACUGCCAAAAUGGGCAUAUUUUCAUGGCUGGUAUGCAUGUGAGGAGUGGACAUCGGCCUGGUUUUGUUAUGCUGGGUGGGGCAUUGUUUUUCUAAAAGCUACCUCUUCCGUUUGUCCAGUCUUUUCGUUCCUUGGGCAGUUCUGCCUCCUCCCACCCUCCAGUCUCCCCACCCUGAAUUUUGGAAAGCACAUUUGCAAUAAUCCCUUUUGCUUUGGGAUGACCCCUCCCUGUCAUUUCCUGCUUUCUGUAUAAGCUAAUUGUUUUCUUCCUCCUCCUCCUCUUUCUCUGAGAGAGUCAUGGCUGUGUUUUGAGCUUAGGUGUUAAAAAGUGGUUUAGGGGAGCCGUUGGCAGGGGCGAAGGACUGUGAGGAAUAACGGAAAAUCCGAGGGAUGAGUGCUGCUGUAACCACUCUCCUGUCCCUCAGCCAGGCCCCCAACCCCCACCCCACCUUCCCCUUCAAUCUUAUCCACCAUUUCUGAAGGCCUUAAACAUUGUGUGUUGGGAGGGUGUGGGUUGGAGGCGCUCGCCUCUCCAGCUUAGUGAACUAGGGAUGGUCAAGUACAGAGGGCGCUAUUUUGGAACUAUAGUUAGUGGUGACUUAGUGCAUUGGGAAGGUAAAAAGGUUAAACUUGAAACAUGUGACCAGAACAGUUGUCGUGUUUAUAAUGUGAAAAGAGAAUCUUUUUAGGGAAGAGCUGUCUUUAAAGAUCAGUAUGCACCGUGGCUUCCUCCUCAGUCCAGGGAGGUAAAGAGAGAACACUGCUCACCUUCAGGGGCUCUGCAAAUCCCAGAAAACAGUAUUUUUUAGCAGUAAGAUGUCAUUCAAAAUUGAUGGUGAAGGGAAAAAUAUCCCAACUAUUCCAUAGAACUGGCUGGUCCCUAGCUUCCUGGCCCUUCCCACUCAGUCUCCACCCCCCCUCCCUGCCCCGCCCAAUCAUAAAAGUUUGAGAGAGCUGAGCAGAUCUUUGCAAAUUGUAAUAUUUUUGUAGUGUUUGUUAGCUCCUUCAGUUGUGCAGGACCUUGCGCUGUCCUUUUGUAAUGUGAAUAAGGGGAAAAAAGAUUUAAAAAGAGAAAAAGUAAAAAAAAAAAAAAAAAAAAAAAGUUCACCGCCAUCAACAGCAAAAUAUCCCUUUGUACGUAUGUGCGUCUGUGUACGUGUGUAUGUGCUUGUGUUGUGGUGUGUGUGUGUGUGUGUGUGUGUGUGUGUGUGGCUGGAGAUGAAGCCAUGCUGUGUUGUCUGUGCUGCUGUCUCAGUGUUGAAUGGUACUCACUCAGCACCUAUCUGCCCUGUCUGUCCCUGAGGAUUCUGGGGAUCCUAGCGGAGGCAGGGAUAACUUUGAAGGGACACUUUCCUUGUUUUCCUUGCAGCCAGACCCCAACAUGCCUCUCCCCCAAUCACAAAGAGGAAACGGUUUUAAAAUUGCCAGAGCCUUUUCAGCUGGGCUUGAUGGCCACCAGGCAGGUAGGGGGCUGUUGAGAAACCUUCUGGAGCACCUGGAGUUGGGGCGGUUAGAAGGGUGGAGGCGCUUUCCUAUCCAGGGAAGCCUGAACUGUAUUUAUUCCACUCCUCUUAGAGACUUCUGGUUUGCCACUCCUCUGCCUUUGGCUGUAUUCUUACAGAACCCCGACUUGCUGCUGCCUUAUCCGGCUCUGUGACCUUCUCCCACCUCACAAAUCCAAGCUGCUUACUGGUCCCUCCCCUUGCCCAGCUUCUACGAAUGAACCCCUUAAUAUUUUGGGUGACAUUGACCCUUCCCUUGGUGCCCCUUUCCCCUCACUCCUUUGGUCAUUUAAAGCAUUAAAAUCCUAUGUGUAUAUGGGAUAGACAAUAUAUAUAUAGAUAUAUAUAUAUAUAGAAAGAGAUAUAGCAAGAGAGAUAUAAAAUAGAAAAAUGUCUUUGCUGCUUGGCUGCUUUACAUGAAGAAGAGGAAGGCAGAUCUGGGGUACAAGGGUGGGUCGGAAGGCUGGGGGAACCCAGUGAUUCAGUACAAUCCAGGGAUGCCAAACGGGCUUAAUUUAAAUCUCUGUGCCUGAACAAUUUUUCAUGUUGAGAAAAAAAAAAAAACCUGCUGCAAAUUUGACAAGUGUAUGGUACGCUUCCAGAUGUGAUGGGUGCGACCCAGAUGAGAGGGCCAGGGUCCCUCCUUGGAGGAGAGCCAGCAGGAAGCACUUUUGGUUUUGGGCCAUGGGUAGGGGGAGUAGAGUGGGUAGACUUUUGGCCAAUCCCCUGGCAAGCCAGACUAGGGUGGACAGUGGGGACACUGAUGUGUGAGACAGAUGCACAAAGAGCUGGGGUUCUGUUGGUUUAUUUUUCCUUCUGCUUGUUUGCCCCCUCCCCACACCUUCCAACUGGUGGUCUCCUUGUCUCCUGGAACUUCCGGCUUCGUUCCUGUGGCUGCACUUACUGGAGAUGCCUCUAGCAGGACUAACAGCAAAACUAAUGAAGUGGGGGAGAGAUGUCCAAAGGAAGAGUGCAGGUCAAACAGAAUAGACGAGAUCAGAGGAAAGGGUGAGGAGAAAGGAGGAAAAGCCCCCGCAAGCCUGCCUGCCAGCAGCUCUGAGUCCUCGGCUCCUGGGUGGCCCACUUUGCAGACAGGGUCCCACCUCCCCACGUGUAUCAUAGUAUUUGUUCACAUAGUGUUAUGCAUGAAUCCUUGUAAGGUGAAGAACCGUCAUGAUGCACCAUGCCAUUGCCCUAUAUAUAAAGAUAAAGAUAUAUAUAUAUAUAUAUAUGUAUGUAAGUUAAAGCACUGAGGCCCCAUGGCCCUGCUGGACCAAGCAAAACUAAGCCUUUCGGUUGGGGUGUUACAUUUUUUUCUUUUGUUUUGUUUUGUUUUGGCUUGUCUGAUGUUGUCCGAGCACAAGUGCCAGUCUGAUUGCUUUGUAUCACAGAACAGUGUUUUUUAAUUCAUCGAUGUUCUAGUUAAUGUCUACCUCAGCACCUCCUCGUAGCCUAAUUCUCGGAGGUUGCCCAAUUUGGUUUCUUCAAUUGUAUCGGUUCUUUUUGUUGUUGUUGUACAAAUCAACCUCCCCGCCCUUGUCUCUUUCUCCUUCUCCCCCCCCUCCCCUCACUCACACUCUUCCUCCCUUGGGUGUCCCCCCCCCCCGCCCCUCCCCGGCUUGCCUCACUGUCCUCCAAUCCAGAUCGCCAGUUCUUUCUGUCCCCUCGAAGUGCGCGCGCUCCUGAUUGCCGCUUAUCCACACCUGCCUUCGUUUCGUGUAGAUGGAUGCGUUUCUUCGUAACUUCAGUGUUUCUGACAAGAUUAAAAAGAAAAAAAAAUAAGGAAAAAAAUGAAUUUACUGCUGCAGGUUUCCCCAUGUGUCACGAAGUGAAGUUUGUGCCUUCUAUAGCAAAGAGAAUAUUUUUUACAUCCUACUAACAGUAGAUUUUUUUGUAGUGAACAUUUUUUGUAUUUUUAUUUAUAAGUCUCAUAAGAAAAAUAGCGAUGUUCAGUUGUAUACCUUGAAUCUGCAGUUAGAAGAGAAUAAAGUUAAUUCAGUUGUCUCUG